GCUGCUGGCAUAGCUCUACCACUUCCCAUCCCCAUCACAAGCGGUCUCAGCGCGGUCACCAGCGGCUCAAUCAAUCCAUCGUCCAUCGUGCUAAAAGUGUUUGUGCCGCCGCCAGGCUUGGUUCCCCUUCACCCGCCCCCUCCUGUCCGAUACUCGUGUUCUAGGUGAAUUGUCCUCGUAUUUAGAAAUGUGCCCGCAGGAGUCGCGACUAGCUACCGUGCUCUCCCCGCACAAAGUAUGCUCUGACCCUUGUUGACAAGGUGAAGCAUCCACUCACCCCCGCCCCCACCAUCGCCUCUUCGAUCGGCGGCACAUGCUCGACAUGGACACUAGUAUACCUGGUGCUAGCGACUUGAAGGGUCUGAGCGAGGUGUCCUUGAACGACCACAAGAUGAUGAGGCUUGUGAGUAGGAGAAUACCUCCCACUGCGCUUUCACACUUUGUGAGACCCUUUUCCCCACCAGGUUCCUACACCUACAGAUCCGCUACAGCCAUCGGUCCCUGUUGCUUGGCAGACCCCAUUCGGAACAGGCGCGUGCGGAGCCGAGUGCUCUAGAUAGCUGACAGAGAAUGAACAGAGUUGCACAGGAAGAGGAGGCGGUCCCAGCUGUAGAUUAUUUUGCAGCACACGAUAGACGCAGAACACGGCGAAACAGGUUAGAGUUGUCGUGCGUUG